GCAAUGUAGCCUUAAUUCAAAAUGGCGACGAAAAAGAAGAAGACGGUUACCAAAGAUGAUUUGCGGCGUUUAAUGAAAGAAACGAAAUCUGCCGUAAAGACGACGAAAACUAAAGUUGACCAUCCUUUAGCAAAAUACAACAGUUUGGACCAGCUUGUCUGUAUAAUUUGCAAUACUGCAAUAAAGACCGAGUUACUUUGGACGACACAUUUGCAAAGUAGAGCUCACAAAGAGAAAGUCGAUGACUUAAAAAGACAAAAAGAGAUUGUGCCAGUGAAAAGAAAAGCACCAAUAAGUGGAGAAGAAGAAUCUCACAAAAAGCUGAAAGAAGAUAUAGCGGUCUCCACAAAAACAAGCAUACCAGCCAACUUCUUUGACAAUGGAAAAGUGUCGGACUCUGGUCAAGGGAAGGCAAAAAAAGCAGCAUUACUUGCCCAUUACAGUUCAGACUCUGAUUCUUAUGCGGAUGAAACUUUACAGUCUAACAGCAAAGCAGCAAAAUCAUCUACUUCAACAAAGGCAAUGGCCUCUGGGUUACCUGCAGAUUUCUUUGACUCCAGUGUAAUUCCCAGUACUUCCACUGCAAACGAAGAGGAAGAUGCUGCCAAGCCAACUGCCAUGGCAGACAUAUUGCCUGAGGGAUUCUUUGAUGACCCAAAACAAGAUGCCAAGGUGCGCAAGGUGGAGUAUGUAGACAAGAUGGAGGAGGAGUGGGCUUUGUUCCAGAAAACAUUGAAAGAGGAGACCCACGUAUCAGAAGCAAUUAUAGAAGAGGAGGAUGAACAAGUGAAUGUGGAUAGAAAUAUUGAUGAAAUAGAUGAACAGAUUCAAUGUUGGAAGGAGGUGAACGAGCUAGAGACCAAGAAGGAGGAACUCAUGAAAUCAGGACCCGUAGAAUCCAAGAUGGACGUGGACAGUGAUGAAGAUCUUAAUGAAGAGGCAUUAGACGAAUUUCUGGACUGGCGGUCUAAAAAGUCAUGGAGAUAGUCAUCUGUGUUAUAUAAAAUAGAGAGGGUCACAAUUCAAAUCUUUGAUGGUGUUGCAGCAAAGAGCUGCAGAUACUGUGAAUGGUUAAAUAUGGGGUUAUAAGCUGGGACUGGCAAUGUGCUAAGACUAGGUAUGAAAGGUGUUCAUUUAUCAUGCCAUAAAGAACACAUAUUGGUCUCUGUUAUGUAUAAAAUUUCAUCAGUGAUAAGAUCUUUAAUUCAUGACAUACUUUUUCACAAUUUCUUAGUGACAAACGUCUAUACUUUAGAAGUUGUAGACAAUUUUAUUUAUAAUAUCAAAACAGUUUAUUCAUAUAUUUGGCUAUAAAUAUUUUAUGAUGCAAGGACAAGGAUAAAACAUAUCUUUCGAUACUAGGUGAAUACCACCCUAGAAGAAGCAUGUUCAAUGGCUUUUUAAAUUCAAAUCCCGUGGCAGUUUUGGAUUCCUGUGCCUGUGCUGGCCGACAAGUGCGAAGCAUUAUUGUUAUUACACUGUAUUGACUUUUGAAAUCACCAAUAAUGUUAUGUUUAUGAAUGUGAUAAUUAUAAAUAUAAAAAGAACGUAAAA